AUGGAACUAGGAAUGUCUCUGAACACCCUACUUCGACCUCCUCUCUCAACUUCCUCCUCCUCCUCCUUCAACCAUUCUCUCUUCUCCAUUCCAAAACAAUUCCCAACAAAAACUCAACACCACCACCACCAUGUCUUGGUGGUUGAAGCAAAGGGUAAAAAAGGAAUGAUGUAUCGCCAAUACCAGCGCCGUGCUCCUGCUCCUUUACCCAAAGUCGAAGACGACGGUAACCCUAAGUUCGUCGUCUUCAUUCGCUCGGCUGAUGUUUACCUUUGGUAUCCUCUUAGUAUUGUCGCCGGCGGCACCGCAGCCAAAAUCAUGGUGGCUGCUAAAGAUAACUUUGUCGGAAAAUAUCUCUUCAAGGAUACUCUUGAUAGAAAUAUUGCUGCUGUUAUCUAUAGAGAUGAGAAGGAGAUAAAGAAAAAUGCAUUCGAACAACAUCGAGUGCUGAAGUCAGCUACUAAAUUCAGAUAUGGCUAUAAAAUUAUUGUUAAUGGCAAUGUCAAAUCUGCACUUUCUUCCCGUGAUGUUAUUGAGCUUCCUACACCAGAUAAACUAAAACCCUUUGUUGAUCAAGUGAAAGACUUUUUCGAAGAUGUAAAGGAUACCUUUAGGCAGAUAACGUCAUUAGACGAUACUACAACCGAGGAGCCAGAGGAAGAUAAGAAAGCAAAAUCAAAAUCUAAAUCUAAAUCUAAGGUUAAAGGAUGA